AUGAGGCUAUUGCUGCGGUACCUUCUGUUGAUCCUCCUCACACAAACCGAGAUCCUUUUCGCUGUGAAAUGUUACUCAUGCGCCAACGAAUUCAUUGUAUGGCAAUGGCGUCACUUUUUCCUGAAACGAAACUACGCAUUAGCAUCAAGUGAUCAAGAGUGCGUUCAUCGGGACUAUAAACCAGAGUCCAUGCAAAAUUGUCAUUCCACAUGCUUCAUAUUUUCGUUAAACGGGACAAACAGGGAAACAGGAAUAACAAGGACUCUUGAAUUGGUAACGCCUAGAAUAGGAGGAAACAGGAACUGUGUCGGUCGUGGAUGUUCGAGCCACUUCCUUACCGACGAUCAGCACAUGCAUUUGGGACUGGGCACACACACGAAGCCAUCUCAAGUUGGAACAUACUUACCGGCCGACUUCGAUAAGCUGGAAAUUUACGAACACUGGUGCUUUUGCGCAACCGACUACUGUAACACACAAGUGUGCUAUAAUAGACCUUUCGGAUCCAGCGAGUUCCCCGGAUCAUAUAUAGGGAAACGAAAGGCGGGCAGCAGCUGUGCUUAUCAUUGUAUAUAUGACGUUUAUCUCAUCGCAACGCACAACGAGCAAGCUGGCUUUCGUCCUGGCCGAUCUAUGAUUGAAAAGGUGUUCAUCGUCAGGAGAGUGAUCGAAAUCUGGCAGCGGUAUUCGAAGCCAAUGCAGUUAGCGUUUCUGGACUUUGAAGCCGCGUUCGACUCUCCUCACCGAUGCCGUCUUCUCAACGCGCUCCGCGCCGAUGGAGUACCAGGAAAAUUCGUUCGCUUGCUUGAUGACAUGAAUCAAAGAACAACUGCUGCAGUUCGAACACCAGUUGGAUGUACAACACCGUUUGAAGUGGUAACUGGAGUAAGACAAGGGGCGGUGGUAGGACCCUUCCUGUUCAAAUUCGCCAUCGACAACAUUAUGCGAAGAACAGUCGACCAGUGUCCUGCCGACAUUGUCUUAGCACCACCAGGGUGCCUCUUGACUGACCUCGAGUACGCUGACUAUGUUGUUAUAUUCGCGGAAAGCAGUACGAAACUUCAACAUGUUGUCAUUCUUGUAUCGAAGCUGGCUGCAGCCUAUGGACUACGUCUACGCCCUGAUAAAUGGAAGCAGAUGUGGGUCUCUUAG